AUGGGUUCGCCGAUUUCGGGAUUCAUCGCCGAGGCGGUCCUGCAACGGUUAGAGUCGCUGGUCUUCCAACACGACAGAACGAAAUUCUGGACCCGGUAUGUGGAUGAUACCUUCGUCGUCAUCGAACGGGAUCAGGUGUUGACACUCCAAGAACAUCUCAACGCCGUCUUCCCGGACAUUCAAUUUACGAUGGAGGAGGAAGAGAACAACCAGCUGGCCGUCCUGGAUGUCAUCGUAUGCCGCAAAGAUUGUGGUGGACUACAGACCAAACUGUUCAAUAAAGCGACAAAUACGAUGCAAGUACUGAACUUCAGCAGCAACCGCCCAAUCAGCCACAGGCGCAAUUUUGUAAGAACGCUCUAUCGGCGUGUCGAACCGCACUGCAGUGAGCCGGAAGACAAGAUUGCUGAACUACAAUACCUCCGACGGGUAUUCAAAGCCAAUGGCUACCCGCGCAACUUCGUCUACCGAUGCAUACGCAAAAUGACCGAAAUGUAUAACCGAAUGGACACCACAUUUUGGCGAGCACUUCCGUAUGUCAAAAACGUUUCGGAAGCUGUCGGCCGCCUUCUCGCACCACUUGGGGUUGGAGUUGCACACAGACCGGAGGCCACAAUCAGUCAUCAGGUAAUGAAACCGAAAGACCCGUUGCCACGGCCAGAAACGUCUGGAGUCGUUUAUCGGAUCUGGUGCAAUUGCGGACGACGAAACUUAGUCGGAGAAACCGGAAGACAGCUCCGAGCGAGAAUGGCUGAACAUGCUGCAGUGGUACGGAGAAAUGACGCCAGUUCCCAAGUUGCGGCUCAUUCGACGAGGCCGAAAUUCUCGCAAGAGGUGACAACAGCGUGAGCCGGGAGCUACUUGAAUCAUGGUUUACUGCCCCCCAGUCCAUUAACAAGUGCAAUGACCUUCCCCUUCCAUGCAUGGUGCUGAGACUUCGUCUAGGCGGAGUAAUUAGCCACGCGGGGAGCUCACAGGUGAACACUUCUCCCAACACCAGGAUUGAUGCGUCAGAUGGUCGAGCAAUCAUCACACCAACAUCCAACGCACGUGAUGAAAUUGUAGCAAUUAACAACGCGAACGUCGGCCAUCAAGCAAUUAACACACCACGUGCAACGAUCCCGGAUGAAGGGUAGAGCCCUGAAUGUUCACAGGAAUGCGGUAGCAUGGCGAAUACACCCUAGAAGUACUGCAGCCCCUGGUGCAUGAAUUACCCGUAUCUACUUUCGUCUCUGAUGAUGGCUUCGAGCAGCAACCCGAAACGUCAGGCUAAUAAAGCUCUUGUCCCGGCGAUCGUGUCUCCUUCUUCAAAGCCUGUCCUAGUGUUUAUUGUGAGGAAUGGGCGUUAAGUGCCAUGGGGUACGGUCGAUCUCACUCUCUUUCUCCUCCCACUCCCGGACAGCGGUCUACUGCCUAGGUCGUCCAGUCUUCUGAUGCGGCGUGACACGAGCCUCCGCCUAGGCGUGCCACCAACCCUUACCGCAGAUGAGGUAGUUUUCAUGGGUGCGCAGCCCAAAUAACGUCCGUCGCGUUCCACUCUGGUCCCCGUGUUGAUCCGGCGCAUCUACUGCGUAGUCUCUUUUCGGGGGCCUCUUAGUGUUUAAACCGACUCACUCACUGUCCCAUAAAUGUAUGAGUCUGCGUAGGAGAGGUGACCUUGAGUGGUCAUGUCAUUUUAAGAAGAACGCUUCAGAAACAAAAGGCGGCGGUGCGUUUCUGAGUCGAACUCUCCGCAGGUGAUUCAUUUGAACACAACUCGUACGAGGUGAUCGCUUUCUCUAAUCUUGAUGCUGACCAGUCGUCAGCCGACUCUCGUUCAGGGCACAUGCGAAUCUAUAAAUAAGUAAAAUCUCUGGAAUGGGCAGUCAAAAAUACUUUUGUUUACCUGAGCUCUUUUACAUGAAUCAUUCAAAAAAUGGGAAAGCACGAAAAUUGUUAAUUUUCAUAGUAGUUUUAUGUUAUUUCUCUCGCCUUACGACUGUUUUGGGCAGAUUUGGCGAUCCAGUCUUCACUACUCGUUUUAAACUUCCCCUUUUUGCUUCAAAGCAAUGCAAAUUGUCCACGCCUGAGGCGUGAAUUUAAUGCACUGUCCGACUUCUAACGAUGUUUCUCAGAAAUUUUAGAUCGGAGAAAUUUUGCCAAAGGACAUGGUUACUUUUUUCAUCAUCCCUUUCCUAACUUUAGCACUUGAUUAUUUCCCUAGAAAAGCAAAAGCGGUAUGUAGGAGGCUUUUAGGAUUCCAAUUGAAAUGAUUCUAAUUGAAAUAAGUGCGGACUGAUUUUGCAGGAGUCUUGAUCUCUCCUCGAUUUAGACAGCCAGUCAUAACUUGCGUUGCCCCACUACCAUCAUUAUUAUCAUCUUCGUCCUAUUCUCCUCCUCCUCCUCCUCCUCCUCCUCCUCCUCCUCCUCCUCCUCCUCGUCAUCAUAG